AUGCGUUUUCUAAUGUUAUUGUGGUUGCUUGUAGGGCUGCUUUUUACAAGUGACACGAACAUAUGCAGUGGGACAGAUGCUGCGUUAAAUUAUGACGUUGUGCAGCGAGCCUCGCGCGAUGGUACAACGCGAUCCAUAACAUUUCUUUCUUCUGGAUACAGCAGCGAGGAGGCUAGCCGCUUUGACAGUGACGUCAGAACUUGUGUAGCUGCUCUGCAUAACAAGGUAAAGAGUGUCUCAUCAGAUCCUUGGGGGCGGUACGCGGCGCUGUUAAAUAUGUAUUCUGUAUUUCGGCCCUCUAACCACUCCGGCGCUAGCCGUCCGCAUGGCACGAAUCAUCUGUGUAAGAACAUGAAAGACUGUGGCCCAAGUUUUGUGGAGAACAACUUGGGAUGUGCAUUUGGCACACCCGAUCCUUCGGUUAUUAGUUGCAACCUCAGCGCGGUAUUUGCGCUGGCGGCUGCUGCUCCUGUCCGUGACCUGGUGGUGGUGCUGGUAAACGAACCCACGGAAGUGAGCAGUGCGGGUGGAAGAUCUUUGGCCAUCUUCACAAAUAAGCCAUCAUUUAUGCCAUUAUUUCUUGUACGUGAGUUGAGCAAAGCUGUUGCCAGUCUCGUCAGCGAGUACAGUCGUGGUGUGGAAGAGAAGGGUGAUGUGCGUGUGCCGAACUGUGUUGCAACUGUUGAGCAGGCUCGUUUGGAGUGGGGCCACUGGAUGGACCAAGGACUGGUCGACACGACGCCGAAACUGGGCUGCUUCUUCAACAACUACUACCGCCCCACAGAUUUUGGUUGCAUGAUGCGUGAUUCCUCCGUCAGUAGCAUGUGUGCUGUCUGCAAGGAGCAGGUAACACUUGCACUUUUUACCAAAGGAGCCGGUCUUUCCCUUGCCGCCACGCGCUGUCCGUGGGAGGAACACACGGUACACGUCAAUAUCUCUAAAGGUGUUGAACUAACCGUUGGAGAAAUCGGUGCGCAAGCUGGUGUAGUGGUGAAGUGGGUGGACGAAAGUGGAACUGCUAUUGCCGCGUCUGAAGGCAGUGCAGGGACCCUUUUGGUGCCUGGAAGUACGUUGUCGACGUGGAAAUUUCCGACAACGGUGAGUGCCAUGAUUGAAGAUGUUUCGCCGUACGUUGCUCGGUCUAAACGUCAGGAAUCAUUCAGGAGAACAACAACGUUUCAACUUAUUGUUCAAGGAGGGGACCUAUGUAAAAAUAUGGAAUGUGCUUCGUUUAGUGCAUGCACGUCAUGCAGCGGACCUAGUUGUGCCGUCAAUGUUACUCCGCAUGAAGAAAACAUUGAGUGGGUGACGUACCAAGAGGAGGGGCAGAGAUCAGGCAAUAAUGUAAUUGCUGGUUCCGUCUGUGGUGGUGUCACCUUUGUGGUUCUGACUCUCAUCCUUGUUCUCUACUAUUAUUGCUACUUCAAUCGCCCACACGAAGUCCUCACUACACUUUUUAUGGACGAUCUGCUCUGUGCGGUUCUUCAAAUGGUUUCCAUCGUUGUACUGGCCUUCUCUAUUUACAUUUUGGUACUAACUGUGGAAUAUGCUGAGACACAUGUUCUAUUAUGGCGGCAGCUGUUCAUUCCUUGUGUGAUUGUUGGGGCCAUUAUUUUCAUUGCUGCGCCUGUGAACUUGGUGGCUGUGCUCUUUCGCUAUUAUGCUCUUGCCGUUGGUUGUGCUGUUUUGCUAAUCACCCUUGGACUGGGUUUCAUGGGGAUCGGUGUGUUUUUGGCUUGGACGUAUAUGAGACGGGACACAGAUGGUUUAAUCGCUUACGUAGCGUACCGCUGGAUGAUAAGUGUGCGGGACUCACCGGAUGUUGUGGACAAAACGCAGCAUUCCUUGAAAUGUAGUGGAUUCUACGUGAGCUGUCUUGAAGCAAAUGCCUCGUACUGCCCUAAUAACCGCAAAAGCAAUAUGUAUGUAAAUCCGUGUGAGGAUCCUUUUAUGGACGACGUUGCGAAUGCUUCUGUACCGAUUUGCGUGUCCACACUCAUGGCUGGCAUCCUACUGAUUAGUUCGGCAGUACUGAACAUUGUGUUUGCAAUUCGAUUUUCCCAUCUGUCGCGAAUUCGAAGGCGGCGGCACGCCUAUCGCAACGACCCUGCAGCACCAAUCUUACCUUUUACCUUCGCAGAGGCGAAGGAGGCGCGCCGCAUUUUCCAUGUGAUUGCUGAUAAAACUGACAACGCGUUGGUGGGAAAACGAGCGAGCCGCUUCCUUCGGAAAAUGUUCAGGGAAAAACUCGACCCAGAGUACCAAACGUUGGUGGAGACACAUGUACCCAUGACUUACGACGAACUCAUGUCGCUUCACUUCCCGUUCUUUGUCACACUGCGAAUGGACCCGCGUCAGUUAACUCCUGAUGAAGCGUACAAGGCUCAGGGUGUUUUGGACCUCCAGCGCCUUCAAUAUCAAAAGUUGGAGGAGUUUGCUGAGGCAUCUGGUGCCCUCUCCCCCGAGGCACUUUACAGGUUGUUCUAUGGGUUCGCGUCUGGCCGUUUCAUUGCGGACCAGAAUGAGUUUCUCACAGUAGUGAGGCAGGAGGCUGCAGAGAACUGCCCAGAUGCCCCAUUGUGCGAUGGGCUGACGGUCUUUGAACUGGAAGGAUUGCGUAGUGUGUGGGUGGCACUCAAUCCCAAGGUGGUCGGCGACCUCAGUGACGAGCAGAUUGACAUCUUGUAUCAGUGGACGCACGGCGAACCUCUCCGUAAUGUUGGUCACUUCAACGAAUGGAAAAAGUCACUAGAUGUGCGUCAGCGCGGAGGCAUUGGAUGGGGAGAGUUCUGUUACCCCUUCGCGAAGCGUGCGCAUCUACUCCAGUCGCGUGAUUAUCUCAGUCAUCUGAAUAAAGAUGUGCCUCCAGAGAUGCUCUCGCGUGCGUUUGUGGUGCAACAAUUUGGUAAUGAUUUGGAGGCGGCUGUAUUUUUGCCGUACGAGAAUGAAAUCCCCAUCGAACGCGUCCUCGCUCACUUGAUGCAGCGAUAUGGAUACAAGCCUGAAUAA